CCUUCCUCGUCUCUUCAAUAGAGUAGUGCAGAUGUGUUCUAUCAGCCCACACAGGGGAUGGCCUUCCACACAGCAUCACUACCAACAGUAUCUCUGCACAUGUGGGUUGUGAGACAGCAGAGCUCCAGUGGAGAGAGUGUGUUAGCCUGAGUGAGCCCUGAGCCUACUGCAGGAGUUCUACACGCAUCCAAGUCUUGCCUUAUCCAGCCCAAUCCAGCCAUUUUCUGACACGCCAAGCCCAGCCGAAACCAGCACAGCCCGAUCAAGCUCUUCACAACCCAGCCAUGUCCUCCCUGAGCUCCUCAACCUCCUGCCCCUACCUGUACCUCUGGAGUAGCAGCAUCACCAACAACAGCAGUAGAAGCAGUAUUAGCAACAAUGUGAUCCUGGAGCACUACAACCACACAGGGCGCCUGCAGCACCGCGGGCCCCGCCAAGGUGGCCUGAGCUUGGGCGCGUCCCUCUCCCUCUUCAUCAGCAUCCUCAUCAUCCUGGAGAACCUGCUGGUCCUGGUGGCCGUGCUCUCCAGGAUCCGCAACAGCCACCGCUGGGUCUACGUGUGCAUCGCCAACAUCACCCUCAGUGACUUGCUGGCUGGGGCGGCCUACGUGGUCAACAUCUGCAUGUCUGGCAGCCAUACAUUCAGACUGAGCCCAGCUCUGUGGCUGUUCAGGGAAGGGGUGAUGUUUGUGACCUUGGCUGCCUCGAUCUUCAGCCUGCUGCUGAUAGCAGUGGAGCGCUACACCGCUAUGAUGAAGCCGCUGCACCAGAAGUCAGCCAGGAAGACAUGUCGUAUCUACGGCCUGGUGGCGCUGUGCUGGAUCCUGGCCUUCGCCAUCGGCUUCCUCCCCCUGCUGGGAUGGAACUGCGUGUGCAGCCUGGAGAGCUGCUCCACCCUGCUGCCGCUCUACUCCAAGAGCUACAUCUUCUUCUCUCUGCUCAUCUUCUCCCUCAUCCUGCUGGCCAUCGGUGUGCUCUACGGCGCCAUCUACUGCCACGUGCGCAGCAGCGCCAAGGUGGGAUCCCAGCGCAGCCGCAAGCGAUCCCUGGGGCUCCUGAAGACGGUAAUCUCCAUCGUGGGUGUGUUCAUCAUGUGCUGGGGCCCUCUGUUCGCCCUGCUGCUGCUGGACUUUUUCUGUGUGUCGCGGCAGUGUGCGCCCCUCUUCAGUGCCGACUGGGUCAUUGCUCUGGCCGUGCUCAACUCUGCUCUGAACCCUGUCAUCUACGCCCUGGGUAGCACAGAGCUGAGGAAGGCCAUCGCAGGGCUGCUGUGCUGCUGCUGCCUCAGGGCAGGCCUCUGUCACCCUGAUGCCUUCGUGUCCAAGGAGACCAGCAGCACGGGGAGCACCAGGCAUAGUAGCCUGAGGAACAGUUUCAAUAAGGUCAGGAGUUUCAGUAUCAGCCCCCCGCCUGCACCCAAGGCCCCCAAGAAGAGCCGCCUCAGCUCCACCACCAGCUGCCUGUCUGUGUCGAGCGGUUAGACCACAAAGGGCUGCCUGGGGCAGACGUAGAUGCGAAAGAGAGCUCUCUUUGUGUGUGUGUGUGUGUGUGUGUGUGUGUGUGUGUGUGUGUGUGUGUGUGUGUGUGUGUGUGUGUGUGUGUGUGUGUGUGGGUGUGUGUGGGUGUGUGUGUGCGGGUCUGUGGGUGUGUGUGUGCGGGUCUGUGGGUGUGUGUGUGGGUCUGUGGGUGUUGGAAUUUAGAGAAAGCCCGCUAGCACAAGGCAUUUUUCAAAACAGGGUAGUAGAAAAUGUCAUUGGCACAACUAUGAAGAUACAGCCUAGAUACAAGCAUGAUACAGCCAUGAAGAAACUAUGAAGAAACAGCCUUGAUACAACUUUGAAGAUACAACCAUGAUGCAGCCAUGAUACAGCCAUGAUAUAACUUUAAAGAUACAGCCUUGAUACAACCAUGAUACAGCCUUGAUACAGCCUAGAUACAGCAUUGAUACAACUAUGAAGAUACAGCCUUGAUACAACCAAGAUACAGCCUUGAUACAACCAUGAUACAGCCUAGAUACAGCCUUGAUACAACUAUGAAGAUACAGCCUUGAUACAACCAAGAUACAGCCUUGAUACAACUAUGAAGAUACAGCCUUGAUACAACCAAGAUACAGCCUUGAUACAACCAGCCUUGAUACAGCCUAGAUACAGCCUUGAUACAACUAUGAAGAUACAGCCUUGAUACAACCAUGAUACAGCCUUGAUACAACUAUGAAGAUACAGCCUUGAUACAACCAAGAUACAGCCUUGAUACAACCAUGAUACAGCCUUGAUACAGCCUAGAUACAGCCUUGAUACAACUAUGAAGAUACAGCUUUGAUACAAGGCUAACGGUUUUCUCUGUAAUUAGUUUUGUUCAUUUUUUUGCCUUGUCAUCAGAUCAGGACGUGGCACAUACUGAUAAAGUUUAUUUUAUGUUGUGCAUUACAAAAAAAACUUUAAAGAGUUGUUUAAGAUUUCUUAUAAAAGAAGCAUUAUAGAAGCUUUAUUUUGUUUCACUGUUUGAGCCUCAAAACAGACCUGUUUCUGUCAUUGAGGUCUAUAUGCUGUGUGCACUUUUUCAGUGCUUUACUAGAACUGAGAUUUAAAAAUAAAUUUUUGUUUUUAGAUCUUUUUGAGAAUACAAUAAAAUGUAUACAUAGAUACAAAGACAUACACUACAUGACCAAAAGUAUGUGGACACCUACUAGCAAUGCCGACGCUUGGCAAUGCGCGUGGUGAUUUUAGGCUUUUGUGCAGCUGCUCGGCCAUGGAAACCCAUUUCAUGAAGCUCCCGAUAAACAGUUCUUGUGCUGACAUUGCUUUCAGAGGCAGUUUGGAACUCGUAGUGAGGUAUUGCAACCAAGGACAGACGAUUUUUAAACGCUACGCGCUUCAACACUCGGCGGUCCUAUUCUGUGGCCUACCACUUAGCUGCUGAGCCAUUGUUGCUCUUAGAUAUUUCCACUUCACAAUAACAGCACUUAUAGUUGACCGGGGCAGCUCUAGCAGGGUAGAAAUUUGGUGAACUGACUUGUUGGAAAGGUGGCAUCCUAUGACGGUGCCACGUUGAAAGUCACUGAGCUCUUCAGUAAGGCCAUGCUACUGUCAAUGUUUGUCUAGGGAGAUUGCAUGGCUGUGUGCUUGAUUUUAUACACCUGUCAGGAACGGGUGUGGCUGAAAUAGCCAAAUCCACUAAUUUGAAGGCGUGUCCACAUACUUUUGUAUAUAUAGUGUAUGUAUUGUACAGAACUGUAGAGUUUUAUUCAUUUUUUUGAUGGUCACAGUACAUCUUAUGUAUAAAUAAAUGUUUUUAAAUCAUAUAA